UGUUCCACAGCACCGAAGGCCUACCUCUGCCUGGGAUUUCUCCAUUAGAGAUUCUAAUCUUGGCUUUCGUGGUUUUCUGCAGUGCUUCCAUCGAAAGUGAUUGGGAAUUUUAGAAUGUGGGCUAAAACUAAAAAAAAAAAAGAAGACACUGGCAAGACAAGGGCUUGGGCCAGGCAUCGUGGUGCACACCUGUAAUCCUAGCACUCGGGAGGCUGAGGCAGGAGGAUCAUUACCAGGUAACCAACCUCCAGACGCUGUCCCAGCUCAGCCGUCAGUGUGACCUGCACUGCUGGGACCAUGUCCAGACGCCCGGUGAACCAUUCAAACACUUACAGCCACGCGGGCCAUCCGAACUAUGCAUCCUUCCCACCCCGAGUUCCAGGCUGGACCCAGGGCCGCAGCCUGAAUGGGGUUAGCAGGGGCCCGUGUGCCCGCACCUGUAACGGCUUGGACUUUAGCACCUGCAGCAGCCGCUCAGAGCAGCCGUUGAACACUGCCUCCUCCUUCACGGGCCAACCCUACAACCCUAGGUUUGCAGAGACCAGUCACCUGUCGAGAGGACCCAAGGUGGCCAGAAAGCCCACUGAUCACAGCAGCAGCCCCCACUACCUGCUCUGUACAGACCAUCCUCCGGGCCCCUCCAACCCCAGCUUCCUGGACCAGCUCAUCCAGAGUAUCGGCUACCUGGACCGAUCCACCAACGCCUUCUACAACUGCUCCCAAGCGCUGAGCCUGCCCAGGCUUGCAGCCAACUACCUGGAGCGAGCUGCCAAUGCCCUCUACCAGGACACCCUGGAACAUUCGUCCCACAGUUACUCCAGCCCCAGCGCCAGCCUGGCUGCCUCUGGCAGCUGCACCACCAGCACCUGUGUGAUGCCUUCACCCAGGGGUGCAGAAGCCCUGCAGUGCCUGGCCCGAUCCACCAGCAUUGGCGGGCAGCAUCCACCUCAGAGCCAGAGCUUCAGCCCUGUGCUGCCUCAGAUGUUGGGUACCAAGCUGCCCGAGGUCCCUUUGUUUGGCAGCAGAUUCUUAAGUCAUCUGCCCAAGGUGUGGGAAGCCAUCCGCUCAGGCUGGAGUGCCCCGGAGCCCAGCUCCAACCCGUCUUCCUGGUGGUGACCUGGUGGUACAAGGGGCACAUGUCCAUCAGGCUGUAGUUGUGGGAAAUAAAUUGUGGCAACAUGCUCCUUC